AUGUGUCUUCUCUUACUUCAGCUGCUGGUGCUCCUGCCUCUAGGGAAGGCUGUGCAGCAGCGGGAUGGCUGCCCAAGUCAGAGUUCUGUCUCCCCUGUGCUCCUAGAAAGGGAUCGCAGAGAGCUCCCCCUUGGCAACCACGAGGAUGCUGAGGAGAAGCCAGAUCUGUUUGUCGCAGUGCCUCACCUCAUAGGUACAGGAGAAGGCCAGAGGCAGAGAGAGAAGAUGCUAUCCAGGUUUGGCAGGUUCUGGAAGAAGCCCGAGAGAGACCUGCACCCACCCCAGGAUGUGGUCCCUGAGCGCUUCCCACCUGGGACCCAUGCCAUCACUCAGCCAAAAGAUGGGAUGCAGAUGGAGAAAUCUCCCCUUCGGGAAGAGGCCAAAAAAUUCUGGCACCACUUCAUGUUCAGAAUGAGUCCAGCUUCUCAGGGGAUCAUCCUGCCCAUCAAAAGCCACGAAGUACAUCAGGAGACCUGUAGGACAGUGCCCUUUGGCCAGACGAUCACCCAUGAAGAUUGUGAAAAGGUAGUUGUACAGAACAACCUUUGCUUUGGGAAAUGUGGGUCCGUUCGUUUUCCUGGAGCUGCGCAGCACCCUCACACAUUCUGCUCCCACUGCUCACCUGCCAAGUUCACCACGAUGCACUUGCAGCUGAACUGCACUGGCCUUGCCUCUGUGGUCAAGGUGGUGAUGCUGGUGGAGGAGUGCCAGUGCAAGAUGAAGACCGAGCAUGAACAUGGACACCUCCUCCAGGCAGGCUCCCAGGCAGAAUUUCAUGCCCAGGAUCCCUUCAUCCCAGGAUUUUCCACUUAA